AAUGGAGAUUUCCCUUUAAUACGUCACAAGGGAAACGUAAACACCAUGGUUGACAGUGAAAGCAGGUAGCAUGAAUGGGUAAAACAUGUCUUUGCCACGUUUCUUCAGGAGGCAUCGCCUAACUUGGAAAUUAUUGUCAUUUAUAGCUUUAGUUUUAAUUGUUUUAUACUUUUUCUUUGGCAACAAAUCCGUGAACGAUUUUACUCGCGGAUCUAAUAAUGAAGUGGGAGAGGAGGUUCUAAAAUUUAGACGAGAACGUUUUGAAAAGUACCAAGCUUCAGAGGCCGGUAGAACAGGACCUGGAGAAAAAGGGCUAGGAUUACACCUCAGCGGCAAGGAAAAAGAAAAGGCUGACUCGCUUAUGGAUAAAGAGGCGUUUAAUAUCAUUGCAAGUGAUAAAAUAUCAUUAGAAAGAUCUGUCAGAGAUGUAAGGGAUAGCAGGUGUUUUAGUCUUCAAUACCCAAAAGUUCUUCCAAAAGCCAGUGUAGUGAUAAUUUUCCACAACGAAGCUUGGUCCCCACUUUUACGUACAGCCCACAGUGUUGUUAACAGAUCUCCUCCCGAAUACCUGCAUGAGGUCAUAUUGUUGGAUGACUUUAGUGAUAGAGAUGGACUGGGAGAAAAAUUAAGUAAGUAUGUAGCAAGAACUUGGCCGGAUGGAAUUGUCCGUAUUGUACGAACCAAGGAGAGAAGUGGGUUGAUCCGAGCACGACUGGCGGGAGCAAAGGCUGCCACUGGGGAUGUCCUCAUCUUCCUUGAUUCUCAUUGUGAAGCAGGGCCAGGCUGGCUUGAACCUCUUCUAGCUAGGAUCCAGGAAGACCGCACAGCAAUACUGUGCCCAGAGAUAGAUAAUAUAGAUAAAUAUACACUUGAUUAUGGUGGCACAGGAUCAUUCUCAGUUGGUGGGUUUUGGUGGAGUUUACAUUUUGCCUGGCGCCCUAUCCCACAACAUGAGCAGCAGAGGCGUAAAUCCUCCACCGAUCCAAUUAGAUCUCCAACAAUGGCUGGUGGAUUGUUUGCAGCAGACCGUAAAUAUUUUUUUGAAAUUGGUGCUUAUGAUGACGGUAUGGAUGUGUGGGGCGGUGAAAAUCUCGAAAUCUCAUUCAGGGUAUGGAUGUGUGGUGGGAAGCUAGAGUUUAUACCAUGCUCUAGAGUGGGUCAUAUAUUCCGCUCCAGUCAUCCUUAUACAUUCCCAGGUAAUAAAGACACACAUGGUAUAAACUCGAUGCGUUUAGCUGAAGUUUGGAUGGAUGAAUAUAAGAGAUUGUUUUAUACACACAGGAGAGACUUAUUAGAUAAAGAUCCAGGAGAUCUUACUGAGAGGAAGGCAUUGAGGGAGAGACUAAAAUGUCAUAGUUUUAAAUGGUAUCUAGAUAAUGUAUACCCAGAGAAGUUUAUACCAGAUGAAAAUAUUCAUGCCUGGGGAAUGGUUCGGAAUCCAGGAAGUAACCUGUGUUUGGACACACUGGGUAAAGAUGAAAAGACAGUAUUUGAUAUUGGUGUGUUUUCUUGUCAAGGUGGUGCUAGUGCUAGUGAGGUGUUCUCAUUAAGUUUAAAGGAUGAGUUAAGAAGAGAGGAUGGGUGUAUGUCUACAGGGGGUAGCAAUGGAGAUAAAAUCUCACUUACUAAAUGCAUUGAAGGAGAUAAAAACCAACAGUUUAAACAUGAUAAGCAAAAGAGUACAAUAGUUCAUGUAGGAAGUGGACGAUGUCUAGAUGUAGCAGAUGAAAAAUCAUCCGGUUAUGUUCGUGUCAGAGACUGCAAUAACUCAGAUUCUCAGAAAUGGAAUUUUGAACACUAUUUGUAGCACGAAAAUGGGCUUACUUAGAGAAUUAUUUUGUUAUAUACACUUCAUCAUGCAGAACGUGUUCUUUAUUUAUGCAACAUAAUUGAAUGUGUUUGAAGGCACAUAUUCACAGUGUUGUUUCUGCACAUAUUGAUAUAACAUCACCUCAGUGCAGUAAAGGGUUAAGUCCUUCUAAAUUAAUAGAAGUUAACCAGUUAUUGCACUAAGGUGAUAAUAAGUAUUGCUCAAAAGUUCUUGCCCUUCAUUGUAUUUUAGGUAGUGGAGCUGGAAAUAUUAUAAUGUAAAAUGGCCAGAAUUACUGUACAAGAGGCUAUUGUCCUAGAACAUUUUUUCUGUAUUGUUAAUGGAAAGCAAAAGAACUAUAAAAUUGUUUGCAUGAAGAGUUGUUUGCCCCUGACUGUUGACAGUAUUGUUGAAAGUAUAAUGGAGUAAUGUGUUGUUUUUUUCUUUAUAAAGUGAUGGAGAAUAGGGAAGAAUUGUUUAUAUGACAAUGGUUAAUGGUAUUGUUUUAACUAUAAUAAAAGUACGGUAAUGCAAUUUUCUUUUAAUAGCAAAGAAUUGUUCCCAUGACAACGUUUUACUAUAAGUAUCAUUACUUUCUUAUAUAGAAAUGAAAUGCGUUAGUAUUUGAUCAGUUAACUGUACUGGUCGGAGAGAUAACUCUGACGCAUAGAUAACCCCGACACUUUGUUUUUCAGCAAAUAAGCACAUGAUCACCUAACAGUAUAGGAACAGGACAGAAUGUGAUGAUUUGUUAUAAUUUGGUAGAUUUUUUAAUGUUUUUCAAAUAACCUAAACUUUUUGUAGGCAAAAACUGCUUCAAAACGUUCUUUUUACUAAAUUACAGUAAGGUAGUUAGAAAUGUGUUGACCACAGGCCACUGACUUGAGAAAGAUUUUUGAAAAAUUGUUUAAAUAUUUACAAAAAAUAGAUAAACCAUAUAAGAUGUAAAAAUAAAUUAUUGAUGCUGAUUUUCCAGUCAUUUUUUACUUAAAAAUUUAAGUGUCAACUUUAUCUACUGUUGUGGGGUAAAAAGACCAUGUUUUGUAUACCUCAUUCAAGACCUUAAAGAAGUACCAGAGUCCAUUUUCAUACAUAGUUUUUGUGGUGUAAUGUUAAGUCUUUGAACUGAACUUUGUUUAGGUGCUUCAAUAUUUAAAAUAUACUGGUAGAUAAUUAAAAUAUUGCAAAAAAUAUGUGAUUUAGUGUCGGAGUUAUCUCUCCAACCAGUAUCUGUUUUGAUAAAAGUUAGGUAAAAGUUAUCAAAAUUUUAAAUUGGGGCUAUUAUUUAAUUCAUAAGUGUUUUAACAACUUGUCAGACUUUAUAUUUAAUUGAAACAUGGAUGAAAAUAAAGUAGUUUCUGUUAUUUAGCAUAAAAAGUACAUUUUUUUGAAAUUCAUGUCUCAUAUAAUCUAAGAACCAAACCGGAGGACUGUAAAACAUUUUUCAGAGCUCCACCUCAAAUUUCAGGAUUUGUCAUUGGUCAGUGUACAUUUAAAUACCAGUCUCUGACCAGUCAUAUACUUGAGAUCUGAGUUCGAGCAUUGAAAAUUUCUUUAUAACUGUAGACCUAAGUUUCACCAAAGAAUACAAUAGACCAAAACUUAAAAUUAUUUUGUGACGUAGAUAGUAUAUAUAAAUAUGUGGAUCUAAGUACUAAAGGUUUUACUGAGCCUUUACUUUUAUUGUUUCCAUGCUUAUCCUUAAUCUACUGAAUUACUGUAAUGAAUUUGCCCAGCGUUAAAAUUUGGAACAGUCCAUUUUAAGUUUAAGGAUUUCAGUAUUAUAAUAUCAUGGGUAUCGGGCGAGCCUGGAUCUAUACUGACGGCAAAGGUAGAUAACUUCUGGUUCCGACAAAUAUAUGGCUCAAGACAUAUACUGCAAUGACUGCAAUACUAGGAAAAUGUAUGUUUUCAAUUAGGUUAAUGCAUUUGAUUAAAUGUUACAACAACUUUAUAAGAAAUUACUACUGUAACUGUACUUUGUUGUUGUUUUUUUCCAUAGGUAAAGUCAUUGUUGAGCUAGUAUAAUGUUAAUUAUUUUUUAUAUGAAUGUUAUUUUUUUGAAUUUCAGGAAAUGAAACAGCAAUUAUAACUUUUAAAUUACAGCAUUUUAAACCUAACCAAACCUCAUUGUUUUUGUAAAAGAAGAAGUAU